AUGAAUCAUUUGGAGACCCUCAUUAUACGAGACUGUUUUGCUGCUUCCACUGUUAUACUCCCAUACUUCACGACCGCCCCUCUCCUUCGCGAAUUACGAUAUACAACUCACUUACAGGAAUGUCUCCCUCCUGAUUCUCUAAGAACUUUUAUCGCACGUUCUUUGUGCUCCCUUCGUCUCCUCGAACUCGAAACAAGAAAAUUAACUCCAACAUGUGUCAAUUUUACCGUUCAUCCGCUUUUAACACACACCCCUAUGUUGACGACGCUUAUCAUCCAUUACAUCGGGGAUUACGGCUCAUGGUCUGCGGUCGCAGAAUACAUCGCGAUACUUUUAAAUCCCUUGGAACAACCGUUGCAUAGAUUCCUCCAUCAUUCUCCGCAAGGACCUUUCAAAAACUCGAUUCUCUUGCCUCACCUGCAACAUCUUGAAUUACUGAGCACCGCAAAAUAUCAAUCCAUCCCAACGGUUCUUGAGAUGCUCAGCCGUCGUUGGACAGUGGGAUCUCCAGCAAAUAUCGAAUCGAAUUCGUCGUCUCUCUCAGCUGCUACUACGUGCAACUUUACGAAGCUCUUGUCUGCCAAAAUCCCUGAACAAUACGGUGGGGACGUGAUGCAAUUUCUAGGCAACGCGAUGCGAGAGGGUAUGAAGGUUGAGUUCUCCCUCUGGUUCCUCGAAUAA